GGCGCAGUUAGUUAUCUUCUGGACGCCUGGAUCGCUGAACGAAACGAUCAUUCAGCAUGUUGUGGGAAUUCCUGGCCCUCUUUAUAGUCGCCUUGGCCUUGUUCUAUCGCUGGGCUGCCGCCAACAAUGAUUUCUUCAAGGAUCGGGGCAUCCCUUUCGAGAAGCCAACACUGUAUUUUGGCAACAUGGGCGACAUGUUCUUGAGGAGGAAGGCCAUGUUUGAUAUAGUCUGUGAUCUGUACUCAAAGGGCGGAAGUAGCAAAUUUUUCGGUAUCUUUGAGCAGCGACAACCUCUACUGAUGGUACGCGACCCAGAUAUCAUAAAGCAGAUAACCAUAAAGGACUUCGAUCACUUCAUUAAUCAUCGCAACGUGUUCGCCACCAGCAGCGACGAUGAUCCGCAUGACAUGAGCAACCUCUUUGGUAGCUCCUUGUUCUCCAUGCGAGAUGCCCGUUGGAAGGAUAUGCGAAGCACUUUGAGUCCAGCCUUUACUGGCAGCAAAAUGCGUCAGAUGUUCCAGCUGAUGAACCAGGUGGCCAAGGAGGCCGUGGACUGCCUGAAGCAGGAUGAGUCAUCUGGCCAAGAAACAGAACUGGACAUGAAGGACUACUGUACGCGAUUCACGAAUGACGUAAUCGCCUCGACAGCCUUUGGGCUGCAGGUGAAUUCGUUUAAGGAUCGAAAGAACACCUUUUAUCAGAUGGGCAAAAAGUUGACAACAUUUUCAUUCUUGCAAAACAUAAAGUUUAUGUUGUUCUUCGCAUUGAAGAGUCUUAAUAAGGUCCUGAAAGUGGAGCUUUUUGACAAGAAGAGUACUCAGUAUUUCGUGCGUCUGGUGCUUGAUGCCAUGAAGUACCGACAGGAGCACAACAUUAUCCGUCCCGACAUGAUCAACAUGCUGAUGGAGGCGCGUGGCGUGAUCCAGACGGAGAAGACCAAGUCGGCGGCAGUUCGCGAGUGGAGCGAUCGGGACAUUGUGGCCCAGUGCUUCGUCUUCUUCUUUGCCGGCUUCGAGACCUCAGCUGUGCUGAUGUGCUUCACGGCUCACGAGUUGAUGGAGAACGAGGAUGUGCAGCAGAAGCUGUUCGAAGAGGUGCAGCAAGUUGACCAAGAGCUGGAGGGCAAGGAGCUGACCUACGAGGCGAUCAUGGGCAUGAAGUAUCUCGAUCAGGUUGUUUCGGAGGUGCUGCGAAAGUGGCCAGCAGCCAUUGCCGUUGAUCGGGAGUGCAACAAGGAUAUCACCUAUGAAGUGGAUGGCCAGAAAGUGGAGAUUAAGAAGGGCGAUGUCAUCUGGCUGCCCACUUGCGGCUUCCAUCGUGAUCCCAAGUACUUUGAGAAUCCCCAGAAGUUUGAUCCUGAACGUUUCAGCGAUGAGAACAAGGAUGCCAUUCAACCAUUUACAUACUAUCCUUUUGGUUUGGGUCCACGCAACUGCAUUGGUUCCCGAUUCGCCCUUCUCGAGGCAAAGGCCGUCAUCUACUAUCUUUUGAAGGAAUACCGUUUCGCCCCUGCCAAGAAAUCCUGCAUCCCACUUGAGCUGGCCAGUUCCGGGUUUCAGUUGGCGCCCAAAACUGGAUUUUGGGUAAAAAUGAUUCAGAGAAACUAAUCUUCAUCAUAGAUACAAAUUAAUUAACUUUGUUAACUGUGUUGUAUUAAAUUUAUUGACAUUAUUAUUUAAGAUGUUAUAAA